GCUAUCAUCGAAUUUGAGCGCUGGCAUUGCCGGCCUGGGUGAACCGGGUAGCGAGCAUGCGGCUCGAUAAGAUCUGGGUCAUCCUGUCUAGCGAUGUCGCGGAGACUGUCGACAGAUUUGUCAAAGCAGAAAGCGAAGGAGCUCGGUCAUUAGCGCUGCCACCCGGAAUUGCAGACCAACUCACAGCGACGCAGACGAAAGCAGUGCUCGCCGUUGAUGGCGGCGCAAGCAAGACGAAGAUCCACAUCAUUGCUGCUGAUGGGGAGACGAUCGCCCAAGACUUCCCUCACUGUGCCAAUCCUGUCGCGAGCACAUGGACCAAAGCGCUCGUGUCCAUCAUCUUUGUACUCGGCUACGUCAGACCUGAUCUCCAAAUCACAAAGGCAUGGUUCGGUAUCUCUGGACUAGAUUCGACCGCCACGAUCUCCAAGAUGCGAGCCAUCCUCGCCGAGUUGCUCAGCGUACCCGUCAGUUGUCCCGACCUGUUCGUGACAAACGAUACUGCUUUGUUAGGCACGACGAUCCAUACUGCCUUUGCUGGCGAGACUGCAAAACCGUUGCACGAUGAGAUCGUAGACCGGACGGGUGCUGCGCCUCAGGUCAAGCAUGCCAUUGCACUCAUUGCAGGCACGGGCUCGAAUGCGUGUGCUCUCAGUACUGUUCCACCCCAAGGUGACCGGGGCAGGACGCCCUUGCCGAGCGGUCUUUACGAGAUCGGCCAGACGGGUGGCCACGGGCAUCUCUUUGGCGAUGAAGGUUCGGGCUGGUGGAUCGGCAGGGAGGCCAUCAGGGCCACGCUGGCGGAAGUGGAGGUCCACGCAGCUGCAAGGCCGCCUGCCCCGCCUUUCUCGCUCACUGCCCAACUGGUGCUCAACGCUUACGGCACAUUCAAGGAGCCGAGCAAGCUCAUAGACUGUAUCUACGACUUUGAAGAUACAAAGGCAGUCAAAGCUGCUGCUGCAGCGCUGUGCAAGCCCAUCCUGGCCAUCUGGUCUCGAUGUCCUGUCGCGAUCAGGAUCGCAGAGAGCGCAGCAGGCCAUCUCGCUAAUUCCGGGUACAAGCUCAUGCUGAGGCACAAGCUCAAUCCGACGAACACGCUCAUCUGUGGUGCGGGAGGCUUGUGGCUCUGCAAUGACUUUGUUCACUUGGUCACGUACAAGUUUGCCGAGCGUGAGGAGCUACAGCCCAUGAGCAUCACUGUUGCGCACGACCCGGCAGAAGAGGCCGCACAACACUUGGCGAGAAAGCAUCUGCCGGCUCGAGCACUGCCGCCUGAUCUGCGGCGACGAUGAUAACGUGGCUGCACGUUGCCAGCCAGUCGCGUGCGUCUCUCGCUCAGAUCGACAACGCAACUCGGUUGGAGCAACACAUGCUCAGUAGAUCUGUUUGGCUCGCUUCUUCUUCUCGCUCUUGAUCUCUCGCUUCUGGACGCGGUUGUUCAGCUUCUCUGCCAACUCGAUCCCCUUGUCUUUCUUGGCUAGCGUCUUGUUCUUACUGCGUGACGAGCUUGAUGCUUUCUUUCGCUUGACCUGAGGCGUGGAUGCGACGGCAUACGAGCUCUGCUGAGCUGCAGAAAGCUCUUUGCUCUCUCCGCUCUCUAGCUCAAUCUCACGAGGCAGCGGUUGCUCCUUUCGAGC